AGAAAGGGCUAGAACAGAAGGCGGUAGCAUAUCAGAUUUCACAUGCUCUGAGACAAACUUGGCAAAAGCUGAUCCCCAAACACUGCUGACCUGUUUUCAGAGAGGCCGAAUUGAAUUUUAUUGUGAACUCAGGCUAAUUGUCCUUUAUCUUUCUCCCAUUUCAAUGUUGGAUUUGGAUAGUUAUCGGGAGCCCUCCAUCCUCGAUCAACAGCAAAAUCACCUUCACCAAAGGAAUUAAGCAGAAAUUAUGAGAUCACAGGCCAAGAUGGGGCUUCCUUUGGCUCAAUAGAAGUCAAGAAGAGGAAGUGGAAGGUUUCUGCUGGUCAGCUUUCUGAGCUUGUGGCCGACUUCACAGGAAAUCAGCCCCAACCAGGGCCUGCGAAGGUCUUCACCAAGGGCUUUUUCUCAUUCUCUGGCACACAUUUGAGAAUGAUCAUUCAGGAACCACUGACUUCUGAAAGCUGGAAGCUCUGCAUCCAGAGAGCUUGAGAUUCGCAUCCACACCAUUAGAAUCAUGGAUUAUUAAAGUACUGAAGAAAGCAACGUCAUCAUCAUCAUCAUCAUCAUCAUCAUCAAUAAUAACAACAAGGCCCUUCUGAAAAUCCGUGGACUCCAAUUCAGUUCCCUGGCCCCUGGGACUAUGAACAGGCAAGGUGACAGAAGAACCACAAAAGAAGGAUCGAGUGUUUUGAAAAGCUGGAACCUUGGCUUGUCCCCAAAUAGGUCCUGGCUCCAAAUCCUUGCUACAGCAGGUCAGCACAGAACUGUUUCUGAGGACUGCUCCAGCUAUGAUAGUAACAUAGCAAACUGGGCUGAUGGAGUGCAGGAUCCUGAGGGGGAAUACUACGAAGAAACCAUGGAUUUCCCCAAGGAAGGACUCCCAUCUAUGAAAAUCUUACCCGCCAGACCAAUAGAGGACUCCCAAUAUGCAGACACGCGCUGUUUCCAAGAAGUGAUGAGCUCUCCCUUUCCUACCCAGCCCGAUGCUUCCGCGAGGCAACAGCAGUCCUGGAACCUCUGGACGAGGUCAGAGGAGGGGAUGCAGAUUUUAGCAGAUAUCAGAGAUCUAAAUCUUAAAGGAGAGAGGGAAGCCAGAGGAAUCCAGAAUCCUUUGCCACCUCCUCGGCCUCCAAACACCCUUCCAAAGAAAUAUCGACCCCUUCCUCCUGAACCAGAAAAUAAUCAAGUCAUUCUAAACCAAAGAAAUGAUUUUCUAAAAGAUGAGAGGAUCCCCAGACAGAUCAGUUUGAAGGAUUUAAACGAUGUGCACCGAGGAGAGAAAGUUCCAGAAUAUCCCAAGAAGCCUGCCCUGUCUUGUCAGAAUCAACAUAACCCAAAGGAUCUCUCUGUUCCUGUUGCCAGUGCUCUGUGUAUGGCGGCCGACCCAAGUUUCCAAGGCAAAGGGCAGAAAGGAAGCCUGAACCCAGCCUCGUUCCAGAAGUGCCCACAACCGGCAUAUGGCAGCCUUCUUGAGGACAAGCCUUUGCCUAGCAGUUUGCAGCAGAAGAAGCCAUGUCACAGCAAACCCAGCAAAAAGCUCCAGGCUUUCAAGAAGCACGACUGGUACCUCGGAGAGUGCAGCCGGCACGAAGUGGAAGCGGCUCUGACCAAGGAGAACGCCGAUGGGACCUUCCUGGUCCGAGAUGGCUCCAAGAAAUCAGUGGCUGAACCCUAUGUUUUGGUGGUGUUUCAUAGGAAAAAAGUAUAUAAUAUUAAGAUCCGUUAUCUGGAGGGGAGUCAGCAGUUUGCCCUUGGAACAGGACUCAGAGGAAAUGAUAAAUUUGAUUCAGUAGAAGACAUAAUAGAGUAUCACAAACACUUUCCUAUUGUGCUUAUUGAUGGGAAAGAUCAAACAGGAACCCAUCGAGAACCCUGCUACCUCAAGCAGUCUCUGUCUCCCAGCAGAAUCUACUCAUCCUAA